AAUAAAAGAUGGAGAUGAAGAAGGUUAGAUUUGCCUUCUAAAAUAAAUAAGUAAAAAAGAAAGGAAGGAUAGAUUUGCAGAGUUUGAAAAACAAUUCCAUAAACAACACAAAAGGCUACGAAUCUGAUAAACUAAAUAAUAAAAGAAAAAAAAGCACGACAGAGAUAAGAGGCAGGGAAAACAUAGAAAAAAGGUUGGAGGAAAAAAAAAGCAAGAGGCUUCUUUACUCUCCAAGUUUGAAGCUUGACUCUUUCUACUUUUGAUCAAGAGCCUAAAGAUCGUUUUUCUUUGUUGGUAUAUUUAACUGUUUAUCUAGCGGUUUUUGGCAUUUCAGUUUGUGAUUUUUGACAAACCAGUGAUGAACUGUCAUUCAACUUCAACAAGAUGAAUGUAUUCUCCACUGUGGAUGGCUUUGUGGUGGAGAUAACUGAAUCCCUGGCAGAGAUGAUCAAGCAAGUGGCAAAUGAACCCUCGGUGGGUCUUUUCUAUGUUCAGAAGCACAUCCAAAAUGCAGUUCCAAAUGUAGUUAAUCUCAAUAAUAAUGUUGUAAAAAAGACUCGUGAAGCAACUUUGCACACAGAGGACUUGGAAGAUUCUAUCACCAUGGUGAGAUCAAUGAAGGAGUGUGGCUUUCCUGUUGCUGAUGACAUGAUUAAGGACAUUAAGAAUUCUCUAAUGUUAAUGUCAGCAAAACAACCAAAGAGAGGAUCGAUCCACAGUCCUGCUUCAAGCUUUCAGAUGAGAAGAACUGGCUCUCGGGGACCAAUGUCUUGGGGUCAUGGUUCUGGAAAUGUCCACCAGGAUGGAAGUUAUUAUUUUUCAACUGUAAUCAAGUCAGUGAAACAAAAGGCAAGCAAUUUUAAGAGGCCACAACUUGAGUCCGGGGAACAGAUACAAACCGAGCCCUGGAUUCCGCAUCCACAUCCGGCUUCACCAUUAUCAGUUGCAUCUGCCAGCACUGGUUCAAUUCCUGAUACGGAAGCUGAUGAGUUACCAUUAUUCAGUCAAAUGGUAGAUGAACUCCAUGAAGAAGAAGAAAAGGUAGAAUCUGAAGAUGAUGUCAAACUGUCAAGUCACAAAUUAUCGUUCGUGUCCGAAAACUAUGAUGAUUUCAAGGCUGAUAAAGAAGCUAAAUUAGAACAAUGGUUGGAAGGAACUGAGGGCAAGGGAGAAAGUGAUACAGGUGGGCUUUAACUUGAUAGUAUUUGAAUUGAAAAAGAAGCUUGAAUAUUGUAAAUACUGUUGUUUGUUAUAAAAAUAUCUCCAGGUAAUGAUUGCACGCAUAUGACCGAUGGUGCCAUUUUUUCUUUAAUAUCAAAAGUAUAUUGCGAUUUUCACUCUUAUUGUUCUUGCUAGUUCUCUGAACCCUUUUUGUGGGUUACUAUUUUCAUGAAU